UUGUGUUGCUCCGCCCAUCAUUACACGUGAUUGGAUGCUGCUCGUUUGAUUGACAGUUCUGAGGACACCUGACAUUCGGUGGUGGGCGUCUCCGCGGCGGUGAGAUGCGCCCAUUGAUAACGGAAUAACGAUCUCCGUGGUCUGGAAAUAAUGACGUUUUAACGUAUUACCCUCCCGACGUCAUUUUCUCCAGUAAUACCGUCAGUCCCGUACGUGCAGUCCCGGGCCCGGUCAUGAUGGAUGCGUCUUCCGUGAAGAGAACAGCGCCGGUACCGGAGAUCAGCCCGCUGGACCGAUACGACUCCACCCGAGCCAAGAGCCGCGCCAGUGUCCGCUGGCUGCUGACCCGAGCACAGGGAUCUGCAGAGAGUGCUCCCGAGGGCCUGAAGGAGGCGAUGUCCUCUGAUCAGGAUGGAGAAAUGUGUCCUGCUCUCGAGCGCCUCCUGCUGUCCGGUGAUCUGUACUGCCGCAUCUUCUCCUCACACACUCUCAAGAGCAUCACAGCGCCCCCUCGAGAUCUCAGCACUCUACUGCAGCUGCUGAGCCGCUACGGCAUCACACCACUUGAUUCAGACAAGCAGAACCCGGUUAAAGAGACACAACUCACCCAGAAACCCAUUAACAUGGGAGCCCAUCUGGCGGUAAUUGAUGCGCUGAUGUCACUCAUUGCCAUGGAAACAGUGGGUCGGGUCAAGAUGGCGAAAGAGACUGAUCAGUUUGGUGGCAACACGAGCUGGGAGAACUCUCUGCUGUUCUGGAUCAAUAAGGUGAAUCAGAAGUUGAGGGAACGUUCUAAUGUUGAGGAGAACCAGAAACCGAACACCUGCACAGACCUGCAAGUCGUUCAGCCAUCCUGUCCUCAGCGCUGGUACUGGAAACUGGUCCCUAUCCGAUACAGGAAGGAUAAGGUUCAGUCUCUGCACACUCCAGUGUUUGUGUUGGUGUCUGGUGUGAAGGAUCUGUCUAACGGUUGUGCCAUCGCCGCAGCGGUUCACUUCUACUGUCCACAGAUUCUGCCCUUAGAGGACGUGUGUUUAAAGGACACGAUGUCUGUGACGGACAGUCUGUGCAAUCUCCAGCUGAUCAGAGAGUUCUGUGAAAGCCAUUUGAAGAGCUGCUGCCCCCUACAGCUGGAGGACUUACUGUAUGCCCCGCCCACUUUACAGCUGAACAUCAUGUGCUUCCUUUCUGAGCUGUUCGCCGCAUUUGAAGUGCAGAAGCCAGAUUUCGUCAAACCCCCCCACACACUGGACCUAACAGAUGCGUCCGAUCUGUUUGACUGCACGAGUCCCAUCAGUGGCAACAGCAACAGUGGUUGUCCGUCUUUCCUUCUGAAGCAGCCAUUCGGGCCUCAGUCCUCCUUGACGUCCGAAGGACGAGGCUGGGGCAAAAAACAAAUCAGCCAUCCUCUCUCUGCUGUGGCCUUCAGCAUCCCAUUCCCUCUGGACAGUGAUGUUGAUGUUGUCAUGGGAAACCCUCUCUUUCGUUCUGUCAGCACUGACAGCCUCACCAUGGUAACCAACCCGGGCCUUUACUCGCCCCCAGAGGAUCUGAGCAAGCUUAUUGGCCAGGCUCCGCUAGGGGAGUUGCCUACCAUAGAGGAGGCAUUACAGAUCAUUCAUACAGUUCGUCCUGUGCACAAUAAGCCUCGCCUGCGGCCAGAGGGAGCGCCGUCUGGCUUCUUUCUCCACUCCCCAGAGGAGGGUGGGCCCAGACUGAGCAGCUCUGCACCCUGUCGGUCAGGGAUGAUGUAUCGGCCAAUGGGAAGAGAGCCUGAUAGCAGUGGAAACCGAGGUGGUGGCAAACAUCAGCCUGUUGGUUCUCGAGGUGAUGACUCAGUACUGCGUGAUGGAAGUCUAGAGUCCAACACAUCAGAAGACGUUCCCAAAACCUCCUCAAGCCCUGCCAAUAUCCCCAUGUCUAGCCGAAUGACAAAUUUUGCAGAACGCAGGAGGAAGAUUCCGGAAUCUCCCAGUAAUUCCAGGUCCCAGGACGUAGAGGAGCCAUUCAGCCCAGUGGGGAUGAGUCCUGUUGGGGUAGCAGAGGCGCAAGAGUUGGGGGCACGUCUGGAGGAGAAACGCAGAGCAAUAGAAGCUCAGAAGAGACGAAUUGAAGCCAUCUUCACCAAGCAUAGACAGAGACUUGGCAAGACUGCCUUCCUUCAGCUCCAGAAGAAACAAGGGGAAGAGGUGGAAGAUGACAGUCCGACCCUCAGUCUGGACAAACGACUGACCCGAAUGGAGCAUCAGCUUCAACAGGAGGAGGACAAAGAGAAAGAGGAGGAUAAGAAGAUACAGGAGGAGGAGAAAGCGAAGGAUGGGGAGCAAAAGAAGAGCACCAGUGAUGUUGUAGAUCCUCCCAAACUGGAGAAACAGGUGACCUUCUCUGUUGAAUCAAAGAGAGAUGAGGAGAAAGAGCCACCAUUGGAGGAAUACAAUGAGGCGGUGGCUAAGCUGAGCUCCACCCUCCAGUCCCUACAGAAGGACAUGCAGCGGCUUACGGAACAACAACAAAAGCUCAUGGGAAAGAAACCACGUUCUCCAAAAAAUACCCCCUUAAAUAAGAUGCCCCCCUCAAGUAAGGCACGGGUCAAACCCCCUGCCACACCCCCCCAUCUUUCAAGAGACUCCACCCAUAUCAUUUCACCCUCUGGAUCUCCAUCACGAUCAAGACAACCUUCUGACACACCCAGAUCCCCCAAAAGCUCUGCAUCAUCCACUCCACGCAAGUCAUGUAAUGCUGUUCCCAAGAGCCCCAAACGGCAGCGUCCCUCUCGCCCCACGGACCUCAGCUUCCAGCCUAUCAUGCGUGUCCUAACACCCCCACAGAAUGUCGACAUGCUCCCCCAUCUGCGGCGUGUGUCUCCGAGCAAGUGUCAGGUGCAGACCUCAUCUUCGUUACGGCUCGGAGGUCCAUGCACACCACAAGACUCUUCACAGCAACCUGCUCCAGCCCAAGAGAGCACCUCUGAAUCAGGCUCCAGCGAACAUCACACCCCCAUCUUCACCCUGGAGCUGGAGGCCGGACCUCCAUCUGCACUCCCAGCUGAACUGUUAGGAGGUGGGUGCAGCUCAGGUGCCCCGUCUGAGUGUUCGUUUGAAAGUGAUGUUCUCUUCAGCAGCGCUCCAGUGAAAGAUGAGAGGAAGGAGACUGAGGGUGCGGGAACACUGGAGGACGACACAGAUCUAGAACAAGGUCCAGAAAUAUUCUCAUCCGAUUCCAUGAGUGACCAGACAGAGAGCGAGAGCCGAAUGGGGCUCGAUGUUUUCUUUAAGGAGCAGGGGCUCUCGGAAGAGGAAAUGGCCCAGAAAAGAGCUCUGCUGCUGGAGCGACAGCAAAGACGAGCUCAAGAGAUCAGGAGACGAAGAAUAGACCCUGAGAAUAGUCAACAGUCUUCCUCAGAUGACCUGCGACCUUCUCAGACUCCACCUCUUUCACAGUCGCUACCCACCACAUCAUACAUCCCACCCCCUCCCUCUCAGGCCACGGCCCCUGGCACGCCCCAGCGGUGGGGAGCAUUCACACGGGCUGAAUAUGAACACCGUCAUCAGCUGAAGAUCAUGGCGGAUCUAGAAAAGAUUCUCAAACAGAAACCAGCAAAACACAGUGGCAAAAAACAACUUGCACACAAACCGCACAGCAACCAUGAGCUAACUCGCACACUCUCGCCGGGGAAGAAUAGAACAGCUUCAGCUAACCAGAAGGAUGGUGGACCUCAACCAACUGAUAAACCAGCAAGCCAAUCAAAUUCACCCUCAAAGGUGAUGUCAUCAGGCCAGUUGGCCAAUCAGAAUAGAGAGAAAGACUGUGAAAAUGGUCCCAACGUCUCGUCUCCAGCUUCAAUCCCAGAAUACACCGGUCCUAAAUUGUUUAAAGAACCCAGUUUUAAAUCGAACAAGUUCAUCAUUCACAACGCACUCUCACGCUGCUGUCUUGCGGGCAAAGUCAACGAAUCGCAGAAAAACAAGAUUAUAGAGGAGAUGGAGAAGAGCUCGGCCAGUCACUUCCUGAUUCUCCUGCGAGAUUCUACUUGCCAGUUCCGUGCGGUCUACACUCUAGACAGCCAAUCAGGGGAGCUGCAGCGGCUCUGUGGUGUUGGCCCACGUUUCAUCUCCUCAUCGGCCGUGGAGGCCAUCUAUAAAUACAGCUCUGACAGGAAGCAGUUCAACACACUUCCAUCUCGAACCCUGAGCAUGAGUGUUGAUGCCUUCACGAUUCCCGCCCAGUUGUGGCAUAGCAAGAAACAUGGCACGCCCAAAAAAGCAGCCACACCCUCCAAAACAACCCCCUCCCAUAGAAAUAAACCACUCCCACCAAAAUAAACUCCUCUCUACCUAUAUAAUCCCUCCCCAAUUAAUAUAAAUCCCUCCCACAGAAAUAAACCUCAUCUGAUCAAAUCAACCUGAUUUAUCACUGAGAUAAACCACUCCCACCAAAAUAAACUCCUCCUACCUUUAUUAUCCCUGACCUGACUAAAACCCCACCCACAGAAAUAAACCUGCUGACCAAAACAACCCUAAACUACUGAGAUAAACCACGCCCUCCAAAAUAAACUCCUCCUACCUAUAUAUUAUCCCUCCCCCAAUUAAAUAAAUCCCUCCCACAGAAAUAAACCCAUCUGACCAAAAUAACCGCUCAUCCAAAUAAUCCCCUCCCAACAAUAAAAAAGGAUACUUCCCAAAUAAACACAUUUAUAUUAACGAUUACCACUAAGUGCCAUUCCUCAAAAUACACACUUAACCAGCACAAAUCCCAAAUAAUAAACUUAAUAAACAACAUGAUCUGUAAUGAAAUGAACAGCAUUUAUCUGAAAGACUUCUUUUCAUAUUUUGUGACUGCAUGAAGGCUGACCCAACAGUGAUAACGCCCACAGACACGCCCUGAGCUCUUCAAGACCACACCCCCAUUCUGCAUGAACGUUUGGUACAGUGCUCAUAUAGAGCUCUUUCUGAACUCUGAAUCUCAGAUAACUGAAAACAACAGUGUGUAGGAUUAGUACG